AAACUCACAAGUAUAAAUUAAUAGAAUCCAACUCAAUUUGCAAAAUAGUAUUCAACAAUCCAAUUUGCAAAAUCAUUGGUACAAUAUAUUGACAAGAUCAUAUUUAUGUUUUUAUCAGUUCAUAAAGAAAGAAAUUUGUGAAAUUGCUGAAUAGACAUUUACAUUUUACCUCAGUUUCACUUCAAACAAUCUUCCCUGAACUUUGUGCUCAGUUAAUUCCAUAAUCAACUGCUCCUUCACCUGUCACAACCCACCAACUCCAAUCCAAAUCCAAGGACUCUGGACUUUUCAUACUGACCUGAAGAACCUGGACCAUCUUGGGAUACUCAUUCACCUAAAAUCAGGAAAGAAUAAACAGAAAAAUGAUAAAGGCCCCUGGGGCCUCAUGCAAGCUACACUCCACUAAGGAACAGGAGGCUGAGUUGUCAUCAUACAAGAUUAGAAAUGGAUAUGGUCUUUCCCACCUGGAACUAGAGUCAUGUGCUCCACCUGGAAAGCUGAACCUGAGAGGACCUGCAUCAGAAGCUAGCUCCUUUUCUUUUUCUUUAGUUUUAUUGAUUUUCUUAGACUUUCUAGAUUACUGGUGAGAAAGUAAAAGAGGUCAAUAAAACUAAUAAUACAAAUUAUUUCAGUUCAAGGAAUGUAAUAUUUUAUAUUGGUAGAACCCCCCACUUCUCUAUUUUUAAAUUUUAUUUAUUUAAACAUUCAUUUUAAAAAAUAAAUGAGUUCCAAAUUCUCCCCUUCUUUUAUUUCUGUUACCCUUUGAGAAAACAAACAAGAUAUUGUUCUAUAUUAGUCAUGUUGUUUAAAACAAAAAGACAAGAAAAAGUGAAAGGUCUGCUUCAAUCUGUGCUCAGAUUUUGUCAGUUCUCUUUCUGGAGAUGGAGAACAUUUUUCAUUGUAGGUUUUUUGGGAUUGUCUUGGAUCAUUGUGUUGAUCAGAGUAGCCAAGUCUUUCACAUUGACUGUCAGAUCAUCAGUACAUGAUUGCUAUUUCUGUGUGAGAUACUCUUCUACUCACUUGACUUUGUAUCAGUUCCUACAUUUUUCUAAGAACUAUCAUGCUUAUCAUUUCUUAUGCAUAAUAGUAUUCUAUCAAAAUCACAUACCACAAUUUAUUUAGCCAUUUCCCAGUUGAUGGCAUCUCCUUAAUUUCUAAUUCUUUGCUACUAUAAAAAGAUGGUAUAAAUUUUUUUUUGUACAACUAGGUCCUUUUCCCUUUUUUCGAAAGGAUACAUACCUAGCAGCAGUAUUUCUGGAUCAAAGAUACACAUAGUUUUAUGGACCUUUGGGCAUAGUUCCAAGUGUUCUUUAGAAUUGUUAGACCAGUUUCCAAUGCCUCCAACAUCUAUUAGUGUCUCAAUUUCCCCAUAUCCCCUCCAAUACUUCUCAUUUUCCUCUUGUCAUGUUACCUAAUUUGAUAGAUUUGAGAUUUUUAAUGUUCAAUUGUUUCAUUUGUUGCCAACUCUUCAAGAUCCCAUUUGGGAUUUUCUUGGCAGAUAUUGAAGUGGUUUGCCUAUUUCCUUCUCCAGCUCAUUUUACAGAUGAGGAAACAGAGGCUGAAAUGACUUGCUCAGGAUCACACAGCUAGCGCCUUAGCUAGAUUUGAAUUUAAGAAGAUAAAUCUUGAUUUCAGGCCCAGCACUCUAUGCACUAUGCCACCGCCUACUGCUGGUAACACUCUGAGCAUGGCUUUAGUGUCUGACUUCAUCAUGAACAGAAACUCUAGUUCUCAGGACAGCAGUUUUGUGUUUUUUUUGGGUUUUUUAGUAUUUAAUUUUUAUUUUUUUCUCAAUUACAUGUAAACAAAACUUUUAAAGAUUUUUUAAAAUUUUGAGUUCCAAAUUAUUUUCCUCCCUUCCUUCUCCCUUCAGAAGACAAUUUGAUAUACUUUAUAUGUGUAUAUCCACAUGCCAAAGACUCAAAAAAACCAACUCAACAAGUAUAAUAAAGACAGUUAAAAAAAAAAAGCUUCAAUCUGCAUUCAGAUUUCAUAGGUUCUUUCUCUGAAAAAGGAUGGCAUUUUUCAUCAUAAAUCCUUCAGAAUGGAAUUUUGAAGCUAACUGUUGUUGCUUACAGCAAAUUUUAAUCUAUUUCCCUUGGGCUGAUGUCAAUCAAUCAAACAACAAUUAUUUAAAAACUUACUAGAUGCCAGGCAUUGAGCUAAAUUCUGGAAUCCACAAAUAAAAAACAAAACCAUCCUUGGGGGAAGAAAUAGGAACAAGCAUAUCUUUACAAGACAAACAGAGGAGAUAAGACAACAUAUAAGGUAAAUUUGAAAUGACCUCUAUAUACUUUGGGUGACUGAAUACCUUUUGGGGUCUGUGAGAAGUCAAGAUGUUGGUUUCUGUUUAUUGAUUAUUGAUUUCUGAAGGACUGAAUGAUUGCCAUUUUACACUUUACACUUCUAUACUUAUUUUGAUCUCCUAUACACAAACUUCAUCUGUGCUGUUCCUCCCAUAAGAGUUCCUCCCCCUAACUGAACUUUCUCUGGCUUUCUCUCAUGCCUGGAAUUUCCUCCCUUCUCAUCCUCUUUUCUUCUCUGGCUUCCUUCAAGUCUCAGGUAAAAUCUCAGAAGCUUUUCUUGGUCCCCCUUAAGGCCUUCCCUCUGAAAUCACCUCCAAGUUUACCCAAAAUUUUAUUUCCACAUAAACAUAGCUAGCUUUUGUAUAUAUGUCAAGGUAUCCAGGUCAUUUGCCCCUUAUACCAUAAACUCUUUGAGGGCAGACUGAUUUUGUCUUUGUUAUUUUCAGAGGUUAGCACAGUGCCUAACACAUAGUAAGAGCUUAAUAAAUGCUCAUUGACUUGACAGCUCUUGUUAACUGUUAGUUCCUGGGUAAUGAAAUGACUUACUGUUGGACAUUGGCUAAUGGAUUGAUUAUUGGCUCCAUAAAGGUUUCAUCAAGUGAUUAAUACAAUGACUAUUGGCUCUGACAAUUUAUUUCUGACGGAAUGGCUAUCGGCUAAGUUUGCUGGGCCCUGACUUAUAAGACUGUUGGAACAACUUCCCAGCUAAAAUCCCAUCUUCUCCGAGAAAUUUUUCCAGAUGUUUCUUCACAGUGGAGCCUUCUCUCAAAGGAUCAUCCAAUUACCCAGUCUAUCUCACUUUGGUAACAUAGUUGCAAGUUGGCCCUCACUAAGGUGGUGAACCGACUUGCUUUCUGCUUUUCUUUGUAUUCCUAGCACAUUGUCACCGCACACAGUAGGCGAUACAGCCUGCUGAAAGUUGGGGUGGAUCACGUUGCCUGGCACGUAGUAGGCUUUUAGUAAAUGUUAACAGACUGACUGAUGCCCGCUCCAGAGCCAAGCCUGCAUUCCCCGAAGGCGCCCCCGAGACGUGCAGCUCCAGCGAAGAGGGAAGCCUAGCAGGGUCAGCCCAGAAGUCCCGCUGCAAUGCAGAGGGUUCCUCCGGGCCCCCUGAGCCGGGAGAACAAUGAGGCCCCUGCUUCUUUAAGGGAGAUACCAACGCGCCGCCGGGGGAGGAACGGGAAGCAGGGGAACGGAUUUUCCCAGACGGAAUGCACCCCGCACCCAGCCCCCGGCCUCCCGCCGCCGCCUCUGGCAACAAGCGCGUAUGAGCGUGCCCCAGUCACAAAGGGCGCUCUCCUCCCGCGAGGCGGAUGCCGGUUCUCCCCGAUCCAGGCCGCGCCUUCUCCGGGCGCUCUCUCCUCCAGAGCCCCGCAGGCGCCAGCACCUUGCCGAAGAGGAAAAUGCAAAAGGCAUUUAAGUGGGGUGAAGGCAGAAAAAAAGUCAGUCGCACGGUAGGUGCCCGGGCGGGGACGGGCGAGACGGCUCUGCUCGGGGUUCUGCAUGAGGCCGGAGUCCAAGCCGCUACAGAGCCGGACGAGCCCGGAUCGGACCGUCCUCCAGGGGCGGUCCUUUGGGCUCCGGAUGCCGGCGGGAAAUAGCCACUGGGCAGAUGAGGAGAUAAAGCCCCGCGGGUGUCCUCCCUCUCCUCCCCUCCGGCCCGGGCCCAGCCACCCCUGUGGGGAAGGGCGCGAGUGGUGCGUUCCUCAGCGCGUGCACAGAAUCAGUCUCCGGGUUGCGAGGCCCAGCUGGAAGCCGGAGCCUCGCGCCAGCUGAGUGCUACUGCCGCGAGGGCUCUUUGGAACCAAAAGGAAGAAGGAAGGCGGGGAUAGGGCGCCGGGAGCGCGCCUGACCAAUAAGUGACACCGCUAGGAAUGUGCUCACCCAAUGAGGGAAGGCGCUCGUGCGGCCGAAGAGGGAGGUUGGGGGGCAGGAGAGAUUGGGUCCUAGAGCUGGGAAAGGGGGUGUGUCCGCACGCGGGGACGCGCGCCGGCCUCGGACUGGCUGCGGCGGCGGCGCGAGGAGCCUGAUAAUGGCGGCCUGCAGAGCCCGGGAGAAGGAGAGGCGGCGGCGGCGACCCUGAGAAACCUUGACAUUGAAGAUGGUGAGUAGCCAGCCAAAGUACGACCUAAUACGGGAGGUUGGCCGAGGCAGUUAUGGUGUGGUAUAUGAAGCAGUCAUCAGAAAGACCUCUGCUCGAGUAGCUGUGAAGAAAAUUCGAUGCCAUGCCCCUGAGAAUGUUGAGCUAGCUCUUCGUGAAUUCUGGGCCCUUAGCAGUAUCAAGAGCCAGCAUCCCAAUGUGAUUCACUUGGAGGAAUGCAUUUUACAAAAAGAUGGCAUGGUGCAGAAAAUGUCUCACGGCUCCAACUCAUCUCUUUAUUUACAGCUUGUAGAGACUUCACUGAAAGGAGAAAUUGCUUUUGAUCCCAGAAGCGCCUAUUAUCUGUGGUUUGUGAUGGAUUUCUGUGAUGGAGGAGACAUGAAUGAAUACCUCUUAUCCCGGAAACCCAACCGAAAAACCAACACAAGCUUCAUGCUUCAGCUCAGCAGUGCUCUGGCUUUCUUGCACAAGAAUCAGAUUAUCCACCGUGACCUCAAGCCUGAUAAUAUCCUGAUUUCUCAAAGCCGAUUGGAUACAAGUGACUUGGAACCCACACUGAAAGUGGCUGAUUUUGGUUUGAGUAAAGUUUGCUCUGCUUCUGGGCAAAACCCAGAAGAACCUGUCAGUGUAAAUAAAUGCUUCCUUUCCACUGCAUGUGGAACAGACUUCUACAUGGCUCCUGAGGUUUGGGAGGGCCAUUAUACAGCCAAAGCAGACAUUUUUGCUCUAGGGAUUAUCAUCUGGGCCAUGCUGGAAAGAAUCACCUUCAUAGACACAGAGACCAAAAAGGAGCUCUUGGGGAGUUAUGUGAAACAAGGAACUGAGAUUGUGCCUGUGGGAGAGGCCCUUUUAGAAAAUCCCAAGAUGGAACUGCUCAUCCCUGUGAAGAAGAAGUCCAUGAAUAGUCGAAUGAAACAGCUAAUUAAGGAAAUGUUGGCUGCAAACCCUCAGGAUCGUCCUGACGCUUUUGAGCUAGAACUUAGAUUAGUCCAAAUUGCUUUUAAAGAUAGUGGCUGGGAUACGUGACACAUGGAUUGCUGGGAAAAACCUUGGAUGACAUGCUGCUUCUGUCUGAACAGGGAUGCAACAGUUUGUGGCAGAAAAAAGGAAUACAUAAGGCUAAACUCUUACCUGAAGAGUUUAGAUUUUACUGUGUUUUUUUAAGGUUUCUUAAGUCUGAGUCAGCCGUUUUGUUAGUAUGUUUUAAAUGUGUAUUACCAAUGUGUGUAUAAAUUUUUUAAAUGACCAUUGGUAGAAAUUUGACAGGAAAAUUCUUUAAGAGCCAAGGAAAGAUGAGAGUCCAGCUUUUCUGGGAAUAUGUCGCAAGUAUUUUAGACAUUCCUUGUCAGUAUUAGGAACUUCCAUAGAAACAAUGGUUUACAUGCUGGUCAUGCAAACUGUGAGGCUUUGUAAAGUAAACAUAUAUGUAUAUAUUUAUGUAUAUGUAAGUAUGUGAAUGUGUGCAUUUUGCAUUCCAUAUGAAAAAAAUGCCACUUCUGUUUAAAUUAUUCGGUGUGGGUUUGGGUGUUUGGGAUUUGCUGGUAAAUUCAGUGGUGGAAAAAUAACUGAGACACUUCCCCCAACUUUCUCCCUAGGUCCCUCCCUCUCAUGAAAUUGUGCUAAGUUUUUAUUUUUGUAUUAUUAUGAGACUUUUUAAAAAGCACCAUUUUGGAGGGUUUUAAGAGUGUCCUACUUAGACAUAAAACAACAUCUGAGCUGUAAAUAACAUGCAAAGCUGUUGAGAUAUGUUUAAGCUGAGUUUUCACUGUUCAGUACCCUGUAGCAGAAGGAGUUAAUUACAGUAUAAUGCUGUCCUGUGGUAGCAGGUUGGCAAGAUCAUUAAUCAUUCAAUCCUACACUCUUUUAAGUAACCAAGCACUUGGUUAUCCAAUUAGGCCACAGCAUCAGGACAUGUCUGUACCUGUUGCAUCUACAAUCUGGUACAAACUUGAAUACAGGAUAGUUGUAGUUCUGGAAACUUGGCUUGAAUGAAGUUUUAGUACUUGAUUCAGUGACUUUUUGAGUCUGGAGAAGUUGUCUAAGGUUCAAAAUUAUGAGGUGGAAGCCCAAACGAAUCCUAUGGUCUGAUUUGCCUGUCCUUAUAUGGUCUCUUGUUGAAUCACUGGAGUCCCUUCCAUUUUGGCACUGAUGCUGUUUUCUGUUGUUUACUUUGAGAUGGUGAUAACAGCGAUAUGGUUGUCUUAAAUGUUGAUCACCUUUUUCUAAUGUGGGAGAUAAUGUGUAUACAUUUUAGCAAGCAGAUGAAAUGUUGUGGCAUUGGCUGCAUCCUUCACAUGGGGAAACUGACCUCUAUGGUACAGUCAUUUUGCUGUGCCUGAAGCAACAACUAUCAGGAGUCUUUGAGGAGUUGGUUUGAUUUCAUCACCCUGGAUUGUUGUCUCCAAUUUAUUUUUCUGUUAGAUCAGUCAGUUAGUUAGUUAACUUCUAAUGAAGGAGAGCUUCCUAAAACAGAACUUUAGCCCUCUAGGUUAAUCUUCUGGGACGUUAUAACUAAGUUGAUCUUUAUAGGAGCAUUUGUAAGGAUCUUUGGGUGAAAAGUCAAAGUCAUGUUAGAGUAAUGAAAACUAUUGAUGUUCCUGUCUCUUCUCAGUUGUUUUAGCUUCCAAAAGUUUAAAUGUUGCCAUUCUUUUUUUUUUUUUUCAUUCUAUUCAUAGUCCAAAGUAUAAGAGGAGGGCUCUAAGCUAGAAAUUAAAAAGAUAAAAAUUUAAGUGACUUUGUUUUGAAAAAUUUAAAGCCAAAUGGUUUCAUUGAAAUAAAACCACUUUACUAGGUUCUUGGAAACUGAUUAAGUGCAAGAUUUUAAAUAUAUUUUUAGGAAAAAAUGUUUUGGAAAUUGAAGAUGAAAAUAUACUGGCUCUGUCACAAUUCUGUGAUUCCUCCACCAAGCUAAUCACAACAUUUGAAAUACCAUAGAGACAACUCUACCCUUCUAAUGUAGCUUUAAUCAGUAGCAGGAAAAAAGCAAAGUAAUAUUGUCUCACCAAAGAACAACCAAGACCCUUUAGCUUAGAGCCCAAGGUGAUCAAUCGGGACUCCAUUUUUUUUUUUUUUUUUUUUUGCUCAUUUUCUUUGUGCUAGUGUCUGAUUUUCCCUGAGGACAUAAUUUUUGGUCCUACCUGACUAAAAGUACUUAAUAAUUAUCACUUUUGGAAGACUUUUUUUGGUAAAAUUGAAUUUCUUUUCAGGAAAUCAUUUCUGGGAUUUCCUCAAGAUCUUAGUUUCAAAACACUUAUUUCCAUUGUAUAGGCAAAAUGAUUAUAAAGUCUGGGUCAUUCUUCUUCACUUAAUAAGCACUGUGCCCAGCAUUAUGAUUAAGCUGAUUAUCUUAGUGCUGACUUGACAUUUAUCCACAGGCCUUUUUGCCCAAGAAUAAGAAAAAACAAAAACAAAAAUCCCAAACCAAGUACUUCAGAAUUCCUGCAAGUAUACCCAAGAAAAAAAAUAAAGAAGACCAGUUAGGAUUUUUAACUGUUUAAUUGAACUCCAAGGUAAAUGCAUUUUAUGAGGAGUUACUGCAAUUUUUUAAAGACCAAAUGUUUAAAAUAAGUUUUUUAACUGCAGUGGCAGAGAUGUUAAAUCAAUUAAAAUAUGGAGUCUUACAGUUAGCUUUGCACUUGUUAUCAUGUGGAGAGACUGGGCCACUGUAGAUUCUUGGUGCUAAGGGACACUUUGUCGUUCUGAUGAAGUGGGUGUUAACAGUUGGAGAGUAGCACACUGAAUAGUUCUGGUGGCCUGUUCUUUGUGUUUAUUGUAAGAUGUUAUAUCAAUAAAACUAUUGUAGCAGCUACAAUAAUUCACCAGCAUGACACAUGGUCAAAAAAUAGUCAUCAGCACUUCAAAAAUGAAACAAACUUUUGAAAUUUUCUUUUAAUAUUGUCAAAUAUAUUUUAUGAAGAAUUUAUAAAAGGGGUGGGAAAUGAUUGUAAUUUAUUGUUCAUGACAGUUUUUUUUUAAAUAAAGUCUGAAUUUCAACAAAAACUUAAUGAAAA